CUUCUCGCUUGCCUAGUUCUGCUGCCCCAGGGCGGAUCAGGGAAGCUUGAGCCUCUCUAGCCUGAGACCCUCAUGCAAACAGGAGGAGGUACGGCAGGUAGCCUGGUAGGGCGGCAAUCUCGUCAAAGGUCCAGGGGGCACUGCCAGGGCUACUAACAUCUUGCUGAGGAGGCAUCGAUCGGUGGUUGCUUGGCAGGUGGCACCAUGGCCAUGACCGGAGUUUCCAAGUUUUUUGCCAAGCUCACAGAACCUGCCUGGUUGUGGGCGGUAACAAGGUAUCAGGCGGCCGUUGGAAAGGCGCUGAAAAAAUACGGGUUGAGGUACGAUGACCUGUACGACGACCUUUAUGACUUGGAUGUCAAGGAGGCCCUCAAAAGGCUGCCCCGGGAAGAGACGGAUGCUCGUAACCAGCGGUUGAAGCGGGCCAUUGACCUUUCAAUGAAGCAUAACUACCUGUCCAAAGAGCUCCAGGAAAAGCAAACGCCGUAUGCAUUCUACAUUCAAAAGCAGUUGGCUGAGAUCAAAGAUGAACGGGACGAGCGAGCGGAGAUUGGAUCAGACAUGCCAUACAACAGGCAAAUACCAUAGGUUGUCUGUACAUUGUGUAUAUCUGCUCGUUUGUCAUCCCCUAUGACCAGUUGAAUUCGUGAGGCAUCUAAUACCUGGCGGUCUCUGGCACAAAAGUCGAGUGUUCUACAGAUUGUCAUCAGAACAAGUACUUCGCGAAUGUAUGGUCUCCAAAGCUUAGUUGGUUAGUCUGAUUGUGUCGUUCUUUGUUGCUCUGGUCCAUUUAUUCGUUGUCUGCAGCCCGUCUCGCUAAGCCAAUAUCACAAUGUGCAAC